UCCUUGUUUUUUUUUUUUUUUUUUUUUUUUUUUUUUAUUUUUAUCUUUGCAAAGUUUUAAAAAUAGCCCAUGUAUGUUUUGGACUCCUCAGUUGUCACUGAAAUUAAACCAAGAUUGAUUCAAGUGGAUUGCACCAUUUCAUCCGGUCACUCUUUCCAUGUGAAAACAUGGUCGCCACCACUUUACCUCCGCUAUGUUUUCACACAACAAAAGUUGCUGUACGAUACUCCACCGAAAGCAAGAAGAACGAGAAACAAAAACAAAUUCGCUUAAACAAAAACAAAAACAACAAUGCUUCGGCUGUGUCUUUUCUAAAACCAUCCCCUACUCCACUCCUUCUUAUCAAACAAAAACCCUCCCAAACCAAACUUGAAGCCCUGGACGUCGUCGUUAAAGACAUCGAAGCUUCAGUUGACAACGGUAUAGACGUCGACGUUGAAAUUUUCUCUUCUCUAUUAGAAACAUGCUACCGUUUACAAGCUAUCCAGUACGGUGUCCGAAUUCACCGCCUUAUUCCUGCAAAUCUUUUGCGAAAGAAUGUAGGCCUCUCGUCGAAGCUGGUUCGUUUGUACGCCGCAUGUGGGUACGUCGACAAGGCUCACGAGGUGUUUGAUCAAAUGUCCAAAAGGGACUCAUCCGCUUUUGCAUGGAACUCGCUUAUCUCGGGGCAUGCCGAACUGGGCUUGUAUGAAGAUGCUUUGGCUCUGUACUUUCAAAUGGAGGAAGAGGGUGUUGAGCCAGACCGUUAUACGUUUCCUAGAGUGUUGAAAGCUUGUGCGGGUGUUGGAUUUAUUCAAAUUGGAGUGGCGGUUCAUAGACAUAUAGUGAGGUCCGGAUUUUUGGACGAUGGGUUUGUCCUCAAUGCCUUGGUAGAUAUGUAUGCAAAAUGUGGUGACAUCGUGAAGGCCCGGAAGGUGUUUGAUAAAAUUGCUAGUCCUGACUUGGUUUCUUGGAAUUCAAUGCUCACUGGUUAUACUCGUCAUGGGCUUGUCUUGGAGGCAUUGGAUCUUUUUUGUCAAAUGCUUCAACAAGGUUAUCAACCAGAUUCUAUUGCUAUAUCCGCAAUUCUUAGUGGUGUGACAUCUUUGAAGCUCGGGGUUCAAAUCCAUGGAUGGGCAGUUCGUCAUGGAGUUGAGUGGAACUUGUCCAUUGCUAAUUCCUUGAUUGUUAUGUACUCCUGUCAUGGCAAGUUGGUUCAAGCACGUUGGCUGUUUGAGAACAUGCCUGAAAGGGAUAUUGUUUCCUGGAAUUCUAUCAUUUCUGCUCACAGUAAGGAACCUGAAGCACUGAUUUUCUUUGAACAGAUGGAGAAAGCUGGUGUUUUGCCAGACAAUAUCACGUUCGUGUCUCUACUAUCAGCUUGUGCCCAUUUGGGUCUGGUGAAAGAGGGGGAAAGAUUGUUUUCUAUCAUGAGAAACAGAUAUGGAAUGAGCUCAAUUAUGGAGCAUUAUGGUUGUAUGGUGAAUCUUUAUGGAAGGGCAGGAUUGAUUGAAGAGGCUUAUCAUCUCAUAGUGGAGGGAAUGGAGAUUGAGGCUGGUCCAACCGUGUGGGGGGCAUUGCUAUAUGCUUGCUGCCUUCAUGGCAAUGUAGAGGUAGGAGAGGUGGCUGCUGAAAGACUUUUUGAGUUGGAACCAGAUAACGAGCAUAACUAUGAGCUUUUGAUGAAGAUUUAUGGUAAUGCAGGUAGAGUGGAGGAUGUAAAGACAGUGAAAAUGAUGAUGGUGGAUAGGGGAUUGGACUUGUACACCAAUAUGUAGAAUUUAUGUUUCAUGGCACAGCGAUAAUCCUCCAUUUGUCUCACCACUUAUUCUAGCUGCUAAAGGCUCUGCCUUCAGCAUAAAAUGGGUGCCCUGCCACCUUUCUGUAUCAUAGACUAAUUGAUGAAGUUUGUGUAUUUUUCAAACUGCGGAGCGCAUAGCCAGAGAAGGAAGUGAACUUUGUGGUGGCUGGUUAAUUUUUUAGUUGUUCGGUUUCUUGGUGUCUUUGUUAGGAUGGAAAGAGACAAGAGAACAGAGAACCUAAUCUUUCAAAUGUACAGAUUUAAUGGGGUCUUCAUUCAAACCAACACUUGUAUGCAUGAAAUUCUAACAAACAAUAGAAAUAAAACUCUACGGAAUAAAAAUGCUUUUGCUGU